CGGGGAACGUGGCUGAAGGACGCCCGAGCACCCCCUGCCUCCUGCCAACUCCAGAAAACCAUCGCUUCGGACUCCGGAUUCUCCACACUGCCACUGAGGCUCCGCGUGGAUGUCCACCCUCCCUGCUGGCUCCCCCAGGCGUCGCCCUCCAGCGUCCACCUCCCGGUAAAGCGUGUGCGGGCCGGGGCUGAGCCGGCUCGGCGGGGCCGGCAUGGCCAGGAUGGGCCCGGUCGGCGCGGCCUGCCACUUGGUGCUGGGCUUGCUGGUGACUUCCUUGUCCGGGUCCUCCCUGCAAAGCAGCGAGUGCCCGCAGCUGUGCGUGUGCGAGAUCAGGCCCUGGUUCACGCCGCAGUCCACAUACCGGGAGGCCACGACCGUGGACUGCAACGACCUCCGGCUGACGCGCAUCCCCGGCAACCUGUCCAGCGACACGCAGGUGCUCCUGCUGCAGAGCAACAACAUCGCCAGGACGGCGGACGAGCUGCAGCAGCUGUGCAACCUGACCGAGCUGGACUUCUCCCAGAACAACUUCACCAGCAUCCGAGAGGUGGGGCUGGCCAACCUGAGCCAGCUCACCACCCUGCACCUGGAGGAGAACCAGAUCGCGGAGAUGACUGACUACUGCCUGCAGGACCUGGGCAGCCUGCAGGAGCUGUACAUCAACCACAACCAGAUCAGCGCCAUCUCCGCCAGGGCGUUCGCCGGCCUGAGGAACCUCUUGAGGCUGCACCUGAACUCCAACAAGCUGAAGGUGAUUGACAGCCGCUGGUUCGACGCGACGCCCAACCUGGAGAUCCUCAUGAUCGGGGAGAACCCCGUGAUCGGGAUCCUGGACAUGAACUUCAAGCCCCUGUCCAACCUGAGAAGCCUGGUUUUGGCAGGAAUGUACCUCACCGAGGUCCCCGGCAACGCCCUGGUGGGCUUGGACAGCCUCGAGAGCCUGUCUUUUUACGACAACAGACUGGUCAAGGUGCCCCAGCUGGCGCUGCAGAAGGUCCCCAACUUGAAGUUCUUGGACCUGAACAAAAACCCUAUCCACAGAAUCCGGGAAGGGGACUUCAAGGACAUGCUGCGGCUGAAGGAGCUGGGCCUCAACAACAUGGGCGAGCUGGUGUCCGUGGACCGGUACGCGCUCGACAACCUGCCCGAGCUCACCAAGCUGGAGGCCACCAACAACCCCAAGCUGUCCUACAUCCACCGCCUGGCGUUCCGCGGCGUGCCCGCCCUGGAGAGCCUGAUGCUCAACAACAACGCCCUGAACGCCGUCUACCGGAAGACGGUGGAGUCCCUGCCCAACCUGCGGGAGAUCAGCAUCCACAGCAACCCGCUGCGCUGCGACUGCGUCAUCCGCUGGGUCGGCUCCAACGGGACGGGCAUCCGCUUCAUGGAGCCCCUGUCCAUGUUCUGCGCCACGCCGCCCGAGGUCAGGGGCCGGCAGGUGAGGGAGGCCCUCGCGCGGGACUCCGGGGAGCAGUGCCCGCCCGUGAUCGCGCACGACGCGCUGCCCGGCUACGUGAACGCGGAGGCCGGCACCGCGGUCCUGCUGGACUGCCGGGCCGUGGCCGAGCCGGAGCCCGACAUCUACUGGGUCGGCCCCCUGGGAAGCAAGAUAACCGUGGAGACGCCCUCAGACAGAUACACGCUGAGCAGCGAAGGCACCUUGGAGAUAGCGGACGUACGGACGGAAGAUUCGGGAAGAUACACCUGUGUCGCCCAGAACGCCGAAGGCGCAGACACCCGCGUGGUGACCGUUAAGGUCAACGGCACCCUCCCGGAGGGCACCCAGGUGCUGAAAAUAUACGUCAAGCAGACGGAGUCCCACUCCAUCUUAGUGUCCUGGAAGGUCGACCCCAACGUCAUGACGUCCAACCUGAAGUGGUCGUCGGCCACCAUGAAGAUCGACAACCCGCACAUCACCUACACGGCCCGGGUCCCCGUGGAUGUGCACGAGUACAACCUGACGCACCUGCAGCCUUCCACGGACUACGAGGUGUGCCUCACCGUGUCCAGCGUCCACCAGCAGACCCAGAAGUCGUGCGUGAACGUCACGACCAAGGACGCCGCCUUCGCCCUGGCCAUUUCCGAUCAGGACGCCAGCACCGCGCUGGCGGCCGCGAUGGGGUGCCUGUUCGCCGUGGUCAGCCUGGCGUCCGUGGCCGCGUACGUGGCCAAGCGGCUGAAGAGGAAAAACUACCACCACUCCCUGAAGAAGUACAUGCAGAAGACCUCCUCCAUCCCGCUGAACGAGCUGUACCCGCCGCUCAUCAACCUCUGGGACGGCGACAGCGAGAAGGACAAGGAGGGCUCCGCAGAGACCAAGCCCACCCAGGUGGACACCUCCAGGAGCUACUACAUGUGGUGACUCGGCGGACGCUUCGCUUCUGGUCGUAAGGAGCACAAAGACGUUUUUGCUUUAUGCUGCAAAAGU